CUUUUGUAACGAUGCAUUGGAUAACGUGUCUUUGCGGGAGUGUUUCUCGGCAUGCGGGAGAGACUUCGGAGACCGAAAUGGCCUUUGGUCUUCCUCUCUGUCACUGCAAUGUCUGCCGUUAUUCGACUGGCUUGCUUUUCACGUCCUAUCUUCCGACCGAAAAACCGAGAUCUUUUGAGGGAUUGAGUGUCUUUAGAGGAGUCGACGGCUCAUGUCGGUAUUUCUGCUCGAUAUGUGGCUGCCAUGUAUAUCAAUCACACAAAGAUCAAGACGGCGAGUUGAGGUGGGGAGUGGCUACAGGUGUUAUCACAAAAAGCGGUGAUUCAAGCGCGAGAGUGAGUUAUACGGCGCAUCAAAAAGUUGAUGAUGCCAUCGAUGGAGGCGCUUCGAUAUGGCUUCCUCUUGAGGCACAGCAGAAUCCCUCCAACCGCUCACAUUCGGGAUCAUUUACACCAAAAUCGAUGCAUCUCGAUGCACUCUGUGCGUGUGAAGCUAUACAUCUUCGCAUCACACGCCCAAACGAGGCGAGCUAUCUACCGCAUCGCGCAUACCCUGACCUAACGUAUCCUUACUGUUCUACUGAUGAGUCUAUCACGUCAAACCCAUCAGACGAGAAGUGGUGGAUCAAGGGAGACAAAUAUCUCGCUGGAACCUGCAUCUGUGAAUCUUGUCGUCGAGCAUCUGGUUUCGAAAUACAGACCUGGGCCUUUAUCCCCCGAGCCAACAUAUUCAUCCCUUCUACAGAUGGCUCAGGAUCAGAGGUUGCAUUGGACUUUGAGAGCUUACCGACGGGUGCUCUGAAAUCGUAUCAAUCUUCGCAGGGGGCAGUUCGUCACUUCUGCGGUGGAUGCGGCGCAACUGUGUUUUGGCGAGAUGCUACCGAUUCAAGUGUAGUUGACGUGAGUGUAGAUAUAUUCCGUGCUGAUGAAGGAGCUAGAGCCGAGAACUGGUUUCAUUGGCACAAGAGCCGUAUAAGUUUCGCGGAAGAAGUGCAGAAUCAUCGAUCUGGUCCCCUGGCUAUAGCAGCCCAGGGUUUAUUGGGUACUCUUUCAAUGGGCCUGAAGGGAAGCUCUGAAGGUGGACUAGACUGA